ACGCAUCCAUUCCAUGGCGACGACAAAGCCAACGUUAGUCCAAGAUCCCUCUUCUGAACCCCCUGCGACGCCACAACCACCGCCGGCAUCGGCUCCGGUUCCGUCUCCGGUGACUCUCUCGGCCGCGAAGCCCGAUACUCCUAUCGCAGUUGCCGCCUCCGAUGUCAGGGAAAUCGCAAGGCCAGCGCUCCCUCCAACCGCCGCCAAUCUUCGGCCUUCGGAACCCUCUCCGACCUCCGACGCCGUCGUCGCCCACGUCCCCAGCUACGCCCGAUGGUUUUCGUUCGACGAUAUACACCAAUGCGAGGUCAGAUUUCUUCCGGAGUUCUUCGAUUCCAGGUCGCAUUGGAAGAACCCUGGAAUCUACAAAUACUAUCGCAACUCUAUCGUCAAUCGCUACAGAGCCGACGCUUCGAGGAAAAUUAGCUUCACCGACGCGCGGAAGACUCUCGUCGGUGAUGUUGGAUCAAUCCGUAGGGUUUUCGAUUUCUUGGAGGGUUGGGGACUUAUCAAUUACUCGCCUCCGGCGCUCAACAAGCCACUCAAGUGGGAGGACAAGGAGAGCAAAACCGGUUCAGGUGCUUCCCAUGGCGGCGGUGAAUCUGGAGGAGCUUCUUCGAAGGAGGUAAAAACGAAGAGGCUUUGUAAUCAUUGCAAGUCUGCUUGCAGCAUUGCCUGCUUUGUCUGUGAUAAGAACGGAAUGACUCUCUGUGCUCGGUGCUAUGUCCGUGGAAACUACCAGAUUGGUGAUGUCACCUCAUCUGAUUUCAGGCGGGUUGAAAUCAAUGACGAUUCGAAGGCUGAUUGGCAAGAGAGGGAUACUCAGCAUCUCUUAGAAGCCCUUAUGCAUUAUGGUGAUGACUGGAGGAAGGUUGCUCGACAUGUUGGUAGAACCGAGAAGGAAUGCGUCUCUCAUUUUGUCAAGCUGCCUUUUGGUGAGGAAUUUUCUUGUUUUGUGGAUUCUGAGAACGUGAAUGGCAGUUAUGAUGUGGGCAUGGAUCAUGGCAGUGUGGAAUCAUGUGAGACAUCCUUGACUAAAAGGAUGCGUUUGACACCUCUGGCAGAUGCAAGCAAUCCAAUUAUGGCUCAGGCAGCAUUUCUGUCAGCUUUGGCGGGUGUGGGGGUAGCAGAAGCUGCUGCUCGAGCAGCUGUGACAGCCCUUUCCGAGGCAGAAUACGGGUCAGUUGGAGAAAGUACUGGAUCUCAUCUGCAAAAAGGCAGGCAGAAAGAAGCUGUUGUUGCAUCCAAUGGAAAUACCCAUUCAAACACAGCAGAGGGAGCUUGGGAAGAUGCAAAGUUGCAGCUUGUGUGGGAAGAGCAGGAUGUUGAGAGAGCAAUUUCUGGAAUUGUAGAAGUGCAGAUGAAAGAAGUAAAAGAUAAAAUUGAUCGUUUUGAGGCCCUAGAUUUGCAUAUGGAGAAAGAGUGGCAACAGUUGGAGCAAAUGAAAAACAUGCUUUUUGUUGAUCAGCUUACCCUUUUAUUUCAUAAAAAUCCUGCUCAGAAAACUGGAGAGCGCUUGGAGAAUAGUCUACAGUCGGCGAGGUGGGGUGAGGCAGGUCCCAGCAGCCUCGUAGUGAAAACACCCAAAAAAAUCCCUUCAUGAUCUUAAACCGCGCCAUCUACAGCAUAAAAAACCAAGGAGUCCGCAAGAGCUGCAUCGACAUUCAAUUUACAGUUGUUCCGAGUAGGAGACCACCUAGUAGGCGAAGAUAGCGCCAAGGCCUAUAAGGUGAGUUAAUCACAUGCCAAUGCUAAAAUUCAGAUUAGUGGACUUGCAGCAUCAUUCUUUAAAGCUUCUUGUGAACAAGGGAGUUUUUCUCAUACCAAAGAACCCAGAAAAUGGCACUGAAGAGUUCCAGAGACAUAGUGUCAAGGGCCAGAAACUGCACGACAUUUUUCCACCCGGGAAAAAGAUGGUGGACCUCCACACUUUCCGGGUAAAAUUACAUUGCCAAAAUGAGUGGAAAGAACUCUCUCUUCUGGUUCCAUAUCUAGGACAAGUAGAACCACCUUCAUGCAGGUUGUCCAAAGUUGGAAGUCGGUCACUAGAUUCUCUCAACAUAAAGUGCUUCAUUUUCAUUGAGAUUUACACUUGCAAAGUAAGCCAACGCUUAAUUAAUUGUAUCCCUUGGGUAAGGUGAGACCACGAAUAAGCAAAAGUGGUGA